AUGACUCAGAUCAGUGCUAACGGUGAUGCCUCCGCCGAUGAUGAGGCCUUCCUCGUUUUUCGAGAGACGCGCCUCAUCCCGGCCUCGACCUCCAAGACAGGUCCACCCAGGGAUGGAAAGGAGUUUGAAUAUGCCGAGCAUAGCUUCCUGGGAGAUUCUGUUCAACUCAAGCUCGAGGGCGGUAACGCGACAGCAGCAGCUCUCGUCCCGCUUGCUCUGCCCAACAAGCUCCAGUUGACUUACGGCCAAAUCAACGGACUCGCAGGCGAUUUCUAUGGGACGACUAAACCCAUUAGCGAUGGGGCAGACGAUGAGGACCGAGCCCAUCGUUUUAUUUUGGCGUAUAAUCAGUUGGCUGUCGAUACAAAUCGACAACCUAGUGAAGCUACAGCCAUUCUAGACCUGCUGCAAGAGGAAGUGGAAGCCGUGAAUACCGCCUUGAAGGAUGGAAAGGAUCCCUCUAAAGCCUUAAGCAAGCUAAAGGGCAUUAACAUCAAGCUUCAAAAGAUAACGAUAACUCGUGGCAAAGAUUAUCCGAGCUACGUGAUGCUCGCGCAGAGGAACUGGGACCAUUUUGGGGAGGAUGCACGCACAGCUUACAACACAGGCCAUGCCGAGGCGCUGAAAUAUGCCGCGACUCCAGGUAGCGACUUGCGAUUAUCGUAUGCUCUGAACGCCUUUGCGGAUCAUUUCCUGGAAGACUCCUUCUCCGCUGGUCAUCUUCGCGCUCCUCGACGCGCGCUGCAUGACAGCAUCAACUUCACCGCCGACUUGUGCUGCAAGUAUAUGCAUGACGAAGACUGCGCACUCGGCAUCUCCGUCAAAAAUCCCAGUGGUGACUCAUUCAUGGUCUACGGCGACAAGCGUCUCCUUGACAAGGCCAAUUCACAGAACCAGCAGCUUUGCCUAUCAGCAGUUCAGGCUUCUGCGGACGAGGUGUAUCAAGCCUGGCAUGACAAGAAAACUCCGUCAGAGUCUUCCUAUAAAGCCUGGAGUUAUGCGCCGACCCUAGAGUCGGCCCGCGGGGACCAGGUGCUUGCCCCUCUGUUCAAGUUUCCCGAGAAUAGAAGCUCUGUUGCGCCUCGUCGGAAGGAUAUCACUAAACGCAGGAUGGGUAAGGAUACUGAUUAUACGGACGAUUAUUGGUGGGCGACAACCUUGGGAGAGUUGAAGCUGUCCAAGCUGUGGGACUAUCCCAUGCAUCUGGACAAUUAG